GUGGCCUGAGCAGCACGCAGCACCUCCCUGCGGUCUGGCAACUGCACGCACGAUAUCAGUGCCUUGCAUAGUGAUACUGCCAAUAAUUAUAUAAGUUAUUUUCUUGGGAGCUGCGGGAUAGGAGGGUAGGAGUCGCUACAGGAUGCAGUGGAGGAUUGCAAUGGUCAUGAUGGUGGUCGGGGUGGUGGUGAGAGGUAUUCCUACGCUAGACCCAAACCUGUGCUCCGUAGACGAUGCGAUGGACAUGCACUGUGGCAGCUGCCUGCAGCUCUACACAUGCGACGACGCCGGGGCUAUUGUACUGUUCCCGAAGUGUUCCCCGGGCACCGUGUGUCUCGAGGACUCCCCAACGACAGCACUAUGUGUACCUAAAGAGUCGACCACUGCGUGCAACUGCACCAGCGACACCUGCGACGACUACAACCCCCUCUACACGGACAAGUGUGAAGCUGACAUCGUCACGGACGUGUUCGAAUGUCUUGAAAAUAGUCCAGGGUCCGGUGGCUGUGUCAGCGGUCACUGCGUCGACUGCGCCAAUUUCGGCUUAACUGAUGCAGAAGUUGUUGUAGUCCCACCUGAAUGUACCGUUGGAUACCAAUGUCUCGAAGGAUCAGUUUCCAGUUCUGAUCCUAUUUUCUGCCCCGAAGGACAGUACGUGUCAAAAAUCGGUAUCUGCAGGCCAGCGCCUCCAUUACCGUGCGAUCCUGCUGAUUUAUGCAACUCGGGUCUCUGUCCUGACCUCAUGAACUGCACACGGUACUAUUUCUGCGAUCCAAAUAACUCAAGUCCAUACGGGCCAUAUUUGUGUGAGCCAAACUUCUUUUUCAACGCGGAAACUCUAUCGUGUGAAGAGGGAGACGCCCGUGUGUGCGAUGCAUGGACUCGGUGCGAUUUCCCACCCCCUAUUUCAACGUCAACAACAACCACCUCAUCAACAACGACCACCUCAUCAACAACGACCACCUCAUCAACAACCACAACUUCAUCAACAACGACCCCCUCAACAACAACGACCACUUCAUCAACAACGACCCCCUCAACAACAACGACCACUUCAUCAACAACGACCACGUCAUCAACACCGACACCCACAACAACAACGACCACGUCAUCAACACCGACAUCCACAUCAACCACGACCAUCUCAUCAACAACGACUCCGCCAGAUUAUACCAUCCCUCCGCAUUGUGACGCGAGUUACGUUGGCAACUAUCCUAUUGGACCGUGCGACCCUAACUACUGGGCCUGUCGUCUGGUGACUGAGGAAACUUACGUGAUCCUGGAGCUGGAGUGUCCCGAGGGCCUGGUGUUCAGUACUGACCCCAGCUACCCCUACUGCUUAAUACCCGCCGAGGAGGAGACCUGCUAGAACACUGCUACCCCAUCCCAGCUACCCCUAAUGCUUGAUACCGGCCGAGGAGGAGACCUGCUAGAACACUGCUACCCCAUCCCAGCCACCCCUACUGCUUGAUACCCGCCGAGGAGGAGACCUGCUAGAACACUGCUACCCCAUCCCAGCCACCCCUACUGCUUGAUACCCGCCGAGGAGGAGACCUGCUAGAACACUGCUACCCCAUCCCAACCACCCCUACUGCUUGAUACCCGCCGAGGAGGAGACCUGCUAGAGCACUGCUACCACCACACCUGCUUUAGUUUUAGUUUCAAUUUCAUUUUUUUUAGUUUUCAUGUAUCUCUACUCAAUAAAAUUUAACAAUUAACCACUUUUAUGAAUGUUACAAUCAAGUUAACGAGUAUUAUAAUUUAAACACUUCCUGGCUAUAUGUUACAUAUUGAAUCCUUCGCCAUAAAAGUCGGGAUGGUUCAUUGAAAAUGAUACUAUGAGUUAGGCAAUUAAAACUCAGUCAUAAAUAGGAUAAAAUCCUGCUCCUGAGCAACGAAAUACUUAAUUUUAAACUAUGAAUUCGUGAGAUUUAACUUGCAUGGAAACUCAAUAAAAUGUUCAGCAAGAACUCC